CACCACGUAUCUUUCAGAUUCUCAGCGCUUACUUCAAGUCCAGGCCCCCAGUUGAUACAAAAUCUAUACUAGGUGCUCAACGUUGCAUUCGGCACUGUCUGCCGUCAUCCACGCCUUGGCCUCGUGUAUCUCUCAGAGAUCCGUCCGGAAUCUCUGCAUAUAUUUGAGCCUUGGAGUCACAUUGAGGCUACCCCAUCGAGAAGUCACCGCUGUACAGCGAAGCACCUCUCGGCUGUGACAAAACUUUAUUUCUGCGUGGCAAUUCCUAUAAAGAGAUCGUAUCGCUCGAAUCUUCUCUCUCCGGUUUCUCUUUCCCGCCAUCUUUCCUCCACCGUAGCACAUAUUAUCGCAAACAUGGCAGCUAAAGAGAAACCUAGUCGGCCGCUCGUCGACAUACCUCUCACACCAAAUAGUACGACAUCUAGCAAUGCCCAGUCCUCAACCACCCCCACCGCCUCAAGCUUCUCCGUUCUCGCCUCAGCCACUGCCCUCCCAGGUGGGGCUGAUCCGUUGUCUGCGAUAGGAAAGCAGAAACCGGCCAUCCUACCUGAUAUCGAGGCUGUCGCUCUCCUCAUGCGUAAGCUGAAGGAGAUGAACCAGCAGAUGAAGGGUAUGUACGAGAGCAUAGAGACUCAUACAGAAAGGGCAGCUACCCUUGGACCCGUCAUCAAAGCCGGUGAGGAAAUUGCAAUGUUGAAGUCCAAUUUGGAGAAACAGAUAAUCGAGCAUGACGCGGAGUUGACCUCCGUGCGAAAGGAGCUUGAUACCCGAGUGAAGGAACGCCUCGAAAGUCGCCUCAGACAGUACGUGACUGAUGAGAUCCGGGCAUCUGUGGCGCGAAAGAUUGAGAACAAAGUUCGGCAAGAGCUGGAGAAACAGAUUCCUCAAGAUCUCCGCAAACAAACGAACGAGCACACACGUCAAAUGAUGGAGAUCAAGACCCAUCUCCACAACUCGGACGCACGACGAAUAAACGCGACAUUGACUCGCAAGGAAAAACUACGACCACUGAUACCUUCGAACGGGAGCACGUCGCCUUCGCCUUUAUUCCCUAACAAUAUCGACGCUUGUCUCGCAAUGUCGGCGAAGGAUGUUAAGCAACUUGUAAAAGAUUAUGAAUUGGACAAGGCUUCUCCGGUUUCACCGGCUGGUACGUCGUCCAAGGCAGAGAACGUUAACAAGUUUUUGGAUUAUAUAGGGGCGCCAUACCACGUCCUUCUCAUCCCGACACCCGCUAAAGCAUCCCCCAAGGUAGGAUUUAUACUCGUCACUAGGAAGCCAGUCAUAUGAUAGGACCGAGGACGGAGUUUCGUUACUAUGAGAUUGUACUAUUAUAUUAUCACGCGAACUGUAUACUCAAAAACGAAUCGACAAUUGUUCCC